AUGAUCGAGCCACUUCCAGGUGCUGUGACGUUCACCAUGAAAAUGACACCGAAACGGAAGACUCCGUCCCUGGCCUGCAAGAAAACCGGAGGACUCCAGACAACUCCGAGCAAGACCGCCUCCUCUGUCCCAGGCACCACUGCCACCUCCAAGUCGGAGCUCGUCUAUGGCGCGCCACCAAACGUCCUGUCGACGUCUCCCCGGGAUUCGGUGGCUUCGCAGGCAUCGCCUGCGCUGCUAACCACACCCCGGCAACGUCUGCAGGAAACCACGUAUGCACUGCAUAAUGGAGAUAACUCGCCGGAAAAGUGGACUGUGGAUGACGUGGCAGAUUACGUUUCCGGGAUCCCAGGCUGCGAACACAUCACUGAGAAGUUCCGCCACCACAAGAUUGACGGCGUCGCGUUGUUCCUCAUCAAGGAACACAACCUCAUGAAGAUGAUGAAUAUGAAACUGGGACCGGCAUUGAAAAUGUGUGCGACCAUAAAUUCCCUUCGCUAG